GAAAUCGCAAUGUACGUAAGUGGGUCAGGUAACUAUUAAGUCAUGUAUCACAUGAGCAUUAUAUAAGUAUUAUAUCUUAGGUAUUUGCAAUAGAUGACAGAUCACAGAGCGGUUGUGUUUCUCCUGCGAGAAAGACGUUGUUGAAGCAUGGAAAGUAUAAAAGAGAAGGAAAUAUUUCUUUCUGACUUAAACUAUGAAAAAGCAAAGGAGACACAUUUAUCUGCUGAAAAAAGCAAACGAUCGAAACUAUGGCGCGCAUUUGUCAAUAUUAAGAUGUUUACUAUUAUCGCUGGUAUAGCUAACAUACCUGUCUAUUGCGCAUCUAUUUUGUUAAGUUCACAAUUGACUUCAAUUGAAAAACACUUCGGCAUAAGCAGCAGCAAAUCUGCCGGUUUAAUAAGUGCAAACGAAAUUGGAUUCCUAAUAACAGCUCUCCCGUUUGGUUACGUGUUCAAAGAUAGUCAUAAACCGUUCGUUUUGGCUAUUUCUAAUAUUGGAAGUGCUAUCGCUUCUUUUAUAUGUACACUUCCGUAUUUCUUUCUUCGUGUGCCGGAAACCGAUCAAAAUUGGAAUGUAACAAGCACCAGUUCCUUGAUACCUCUCUUUCCGUGUAUGAAUAUUAAUGCCUCCUACCAUGCGAACAGUACGUGUACGACGGAGAAAGAGGACACUCACUCGGCUACUACUGCUGCUUACGCGUUGAUAUUUAUUGGAAUGAUUUUGGGUGGAAUCUGCAAAGCUGUCAGAACUCCUUUAGUUACCUGCUAUAUAGAUGACAAUAUAGACAAAGUCUACAUCGGUGGAUACAUGAGUCUUAUGGGUGCAUUCAAUGUGAUUGGUUUUGUGAUAGCAUUCACUCUGGGAGGAUAUUUUAGUCAAAUAUAUGUUACACUGAAAGAUGUAAAUUUAACCCCCAUGGAUUCCAAGUGGAUUGGUGCUUGGUGGCUUGGAUUUGCUACAUUUGCUGGCUUUUCAUUGCUAGUAGCCUUGCCUUUGUUUGCUUUCCCUCGAUCAUUCAAUAAUUUUAAAGAUGAAGAGGAGAAGGAAGAUGAAAAACCAAAGUUAUCAUUGAAAGGUAUUGCUACAACACUACUGCGCAUGAUUCGAAACCCUUCUGUGAUGCUUAUUUCAUUGUUUGGCAUUUUGUGUGUUUUUAACGUAUCUGGAAAGUUAGCAUUCUUACCCAAAUACUACGAGACUCAAUUCGGGUGGCCUGCAUGGCAAGCAAAUGUUGUAAUCGGUGCAACUUAUAUCUCAAUGUUUAUGUUCGGCGUUAUCAUCAGUGGUUCUGUGACGAGCUACUUCAAACUCAGUAUUCCAGGAAGCUACCGCAUGAGCGUUCUAGUUCUCCUAUUACAUGUGUGUAUAUCGUGGUUGUGCUACAACCUCACUUGCCCCAAAUCGGACAUAGUCAAAACAUAUGUAUCCAGCCAAAGAGACCUUGCAGUUAACGAGAUCGGAUAUAACCCGCAGCAUUACUGCUUGGGUUGUGAAUGCUCAGAAGAUGAGUACAGUUUACUUUGUGGUGAAGAUGGUCGAAACUACAGAUCCGCAUGCCAUGCUGCUUGUCAAUACCUUGAUAUGCAGACUUUUCAAUAUUCCAACUGCUCGUGCAUUGGUGGAAAUAAAACAGCUCAUUUUGGUGCAUGCCCAACUAACUGUAAGGCCGGUUUAUACUUAACAAUAUUCAACUCAAUACAUUCAAUAUUAAUAGGUAUAACAACCAGUCCGCAUAUAAUCAUCUUAAUGAGGAGUGUUUUGGAUUCAGAUAAAUCGAUGGCCAUAGCAGUCACUACAUUUAUGUGUUCAGUUUUCGGCUUUUUUCCGGGUCCGCCAUUGUUUGGUCUCAUUGUUGACAAUACCUGCACCAAAUGGAAUCAUCUGCCAUGUGAUGGAGGAAGGGGUUACUGUAAAACUUAUGACAUCGAUAAAUUUAGGAUUCGCUUCUUCUCUCUUUUGGGAACCAUUGACUUACUCGCCUUCUUGUCCAUUUUCUUAGCAGCAAUACUUUCUUAUUGUUCUAGGAAGAAAGCUAAGAAAUCUAAAAAUCUAGCUAUCCGGAACUGAUAUCGAAUUACUUCACUUCAAUGAAGUAAUCCCCUGACAUUCUUUAAUCAAAAUUAUUUAUUAUUAAUUAACUAAUAUAGCAUUAACUUUCUAACAUUCUGUGUAAUUGCUUAGGUGAAGAAAAAAGGUGAACAAAUCUGUAAUAUGAUCUGUUUAUUGCCUAACGUAAAUAAUAUAACAUCAUUGAAUCCGUUAACCAACAGGAUAAUCCCUUCUAUUAUGGGUACCCAUACGCCCACUUUCUGGAAGGGGGAGUAGUCGAUUACAUUGACCCCAAUAUUUGACUGGUACUUAUUUUAUCGGCCCCGAGAAGAUGAAAGGCAAAGUCGACCUCGGCAGCAUAUGAACUCAGAACGUAAAACCUGAAGAAAUGUUGCUAAACAUUUCGUCCGGCAUGCUAAGGAUACUGAUAGCUCGCCGCCUUAUUAACAAAUAUAAUAAAGAAUACCUUACAAGGAUGGUUAAUUACCAUACAGAAAGACAUUUAAUGAAUCUCUACGAGCCUCAGUUGGUGCGUCUAUAUGAUCAUUUGACCAACUAGAAAUAGCAAGCAAAUCCCACUUUACUGUCUUAAAAAUAUGAAGGACACAUGGGAUAAUGUAAUCUUAGAUAUGUUUGAAUAUGAUAUGUCUGAAUAUGAAGAGAUGUGAAGAAUAUAGCUGGAAAUCAUUUGAUUGCAGAUACAUUGGGUUUUAAAAAUUCCGUAUACGCAGUUCCAGCAGUAUUUAAUUAAGAUACCCAUUUGUGUAUCAUACUUAAUGCAUAAACACGCUCGAUAAACUAGCUAUUAUAGUAUUUGUUCUGAAAUAACAACUCCUGUAGACUUGCUGUGUUAGGGUUUAAAAAAGGGUAAAGACCCCUUUCGGUCAUGAAUGGCCAUUGGAGUGCGGACUUUUAGAACCUUUUUAAAGGCGCCUACUCGCAGCCAGCCACAUGCACGGACGAAAAUUAGUCGUUUCUGAUAUAGAAAGUGAAUAAAAUAGUCCACUAAUGCUACGAACAGCUUCCCGGCGGAAUAAAAGUCCAGUAUAUUUAAUUGAGGCAGUAUUUAAUUAAGAUGGCCACUUAUGCAACAUAUUUAAUGUAUACAUAAUGUUAAUAGGCCAAUGGAGAAUGGCGAUGUACCGUAAAAGAGGGAAUACAAAGGAGUGACAAAGAGAGAGAGGAGAAAUGGAAAGAAUGGAAGAGGCGUAAACAAGAGACUAUGGCACUACAACCAGCCAGGAACAGUCUUCGCUACAUUUGC